AUGAAUUCAAUCACACUCUUCGGAUAUAACUCUAUCGCAUCUCAUCUCGCUCGAAUCUUCUCUUCCGGCGGCCUUCAAAUCUAUUUAUAUCCAUCCGAACAUGCUUCGUCAUAUUCAUCGCCAUAUUUUACGGUUAUAAACGAUGCGAAUGAUAUUCCAUACUUAUCGUCGAUAUUGAUCAAUUGUCAAAAUGAUUUUCAUUUGGUUAAGAAGCUUGUCAAUUCAUUUCCGAAAGAAUAUAAACAACGAAUGGCGUAUGUGGAAUGUUCAUCGACUUGUCGAUUGAAUCAAUUGGAAUUGUUUUUUGAGGAAAUGAAAUUUUCGUUUUAUCUUUUUAUGAAUUUAAUUGAAUUGGAUACGAGCACGUUGAUUCAACCACAUUUUCACCUGAUUUGUAGUGGCGAUGAAGUCGUUUAUGAGAAAUUACUUCGACAAAGACAUCUUUCCGUGAAAAUCACACUUUUAUAUCAAACGAGGAGCCCAUUCGAUGCAUUUUAUCUCUGUUUAUUACAUCGAUAUUCUCAGGCAAUUCAUUUACUCAUUUACGCAGAAAUUAUGGCCAUUCUCAAAGCUGCGAACGAGGUUUAUCCAGGUAAUCUUCAAUAUUUAUUCGAUUGGUCUUAUAUCAAACGUCCAUUGAUGCGUCAGAUCAUCCUUGAAUCUUCCCCUUCAUCAUUUACAUGUACAACAAUCAAUGAUUUUCAAGAUCUUCUUGAAUGUCUUAUUGAUUAUUUUCCGAAACAAAUGUUCAAUCAUCAUUUACAACAAAUCACCUAUAAACUUCACGGAUUAAUUUCAAAUUUAGAUUCCAAUCAAAAGCAAAUUCCCCUUUUUCAAUUAUUUACACUUUAUUAA